UACAAAUGUCAAUUUUACACAGCCUGCUUUUUCCUCAAUAUAUUACAUGCUUGUUUUUAGAGUCUGACAGAUUGUUUUUAACCUCAAACUCUUAAAGGUGAACUUAUUAUGCCCUUGUGUGCAGCAGUUAAUUGUUCAAAUCGUUUUGAAGACGGAUUUCGUCUCUUCUUAUUACCUACGGAUGAAAACAGAAAGAAACAAUGGCUUAUCAACAUAGGUCGGGAGAAUUGGACGCCGUCAAAGAUUAGUUGUGUUUGUGAAGUACAUUUCGAUAACUCACAGUGGGUGGAAAAUGAAUCCGCCGGUUGGAAAAAAUUGAAACCCAAUGCGAUUCCAACUUUAUUUAAUAAUCAAAUUAUUCCAGUUUUUGUUAAAGAAACGGAUGUUGUCAUCCCAAAUUUUUUACAGAUUUGUCGAAUAUGUUUAAGCUCAAAUAAUUAUUUAAUUGAUUUAUUCAAAUCAUCGUCUAACAAUAAACCACCAUAUUUAGAAUUAAUGGAAUACACCUUCUUACAGGUGAGUUCUGAUGAUGGGCUACCACCAUAUAUAUGCAACGAAUGUUUUGAAACUUUACAAGGAGUUAAAAACUUUAAAGAAAAAUGCAUUAGUUCCGCAAAUUUAUUAAAACACUAUAAUGGCCCAAAUACUAUAGAAAGUUUUAACGAAUAUAUAAUAUCUAAAACGCAACCUGCAGGUAUUUGGUAUAUAGAUAAUGAGGAAAAUUUAGAACCUAUAACCGAAGACAAUAUUAACACACAGUACCAAUCGGAAGAAAUUAUAGACUUAACAAUUUUACCAGACCCGAUUGAAAGGAAAACAAUUAAGAAUGAACGGUAUUUAGUUUGUGAUAUAUGUGGAAAACUGACAAAGAAAAUUCGAAUUCAUCUAAAGACACAUAUUAAUUCAUUAGAUCUUAAAUGUGAUAUUUGUGGAAAACAAUUUCGCCAUAACAUAACGUUACGUUCGCAUUUAGCACAUCAUAAGCGUGAAGAAAUUGAAGGAAAGCCUGAGUGUGACAUUUGUCAUAAAACUUUUUAUUGCAAAGCAGGUUUGGAUCGACAUAUAAAAAACAUGCAUCAGAACACACGCCCAAUUAAAUGUACGUUAUGUCCAAAAUCAUUUCAUGACAUAUAUAUAUUAAAGGUACAUAUGGUUACACAUACCGGUGAAAGGCGUUAUAAAUGUGACGUUGAAGGUUGUAGUCGAACGUAUACUCAACGUACACCAUUAGUUCAACAUAAAUUAAAAUAUCAUUCGAAUAAUGAAUCGGAAAUAACGAAAUUCAAAUGUAAAAUCUGUUCAAAAAGAUUCAAAUAUAAACGGAAUAUGGAAGAACAUUUACGUUUUCACAACGGUGUAAGCUGUAAUAAAUGUAAUAAAUUAUUUACAUCGAGUAAAAAACUUAAAAAGCAUAUUAGAGAGCAUUUUGGCACAAUAGAAACAGAAAGUAUAGAAGUGAAGAAUAACCAUGAUUCAAAAUUAUUAGAAUCAAUAGAUAAUUUAAUACAGCAAGAACUAUGUUGUACACAAAAAGAUCUAGACUUUUUGGAGGCCAAAGUUUGAAGUUAAAAAGCAACUCCAUAUUUGACUAUUUACCAUACCAGAUUACCAGAGCGUUAAAAAUAGUUAAGAUGAUAAAUGUUUUUAUAAUUUUUCUUUCUGGGUUUCUUUCAUUAUCAACAGUUAUUUUCAUCAGAAUAAAAAAACUAACAGCAAAAUAUCUAUAUGACAAAAUUUCUCAUGAACAUAUAAUACAUAUACAAUUCAUAUCUAGAGUCUGUCUCAAAAGUUCUUACACAUUAACUUUUAACACUUUGAGCAUUACGGAUUAUUUAUGAUCUUAAAAACCAUACAUUGUCUAUUUCCAAAUUGAUAGUAAAAAACUAUACUCAUUACAAUAAAAUGUUAAACUUUCAAACAUUAUUUUUGAAAUGUGGAGCAUUUUAAUUUUGGUAUUAAAAACUUUGAUCGCAGAAAGAUCUUUGGUUUGCAUAAAAAUUCUUUUAAACUGAGGUCACUGCCUCUUCAAAUUUGGAUUUUGGUGGAGAUUUAGAAAAAACCCGAUUCAAAAGAGACAAAAAAACCUACAUUAAGCUAAAAUUCAAAUACAGUUUAAAAAUUUUGUUAUAAUUUUGUGAUGUUAAGUGUUAUGAGUACUUUUCGGACAGAAUUUAUCUAUAAUCAAAGAAUCUGUUAAUAAUGAGAUUAAUAUAAAUUGAAAUGUAAUCGGCCCUUCAAAUUAGGUUAUUUGUAUUUAUUAUACCUUCAUUUCUGCUAUGAGUAUCUACUUUCAUUUAUGUUAUGAAUUGUAAAAUUAGCUUUUAUAAUAAAAAAGAACAUUUAGAAAAUAUGUUGCACAAAUCUUAUGGGAAAACAUGUUCGGUGAAUUCGAAUGGAGCUGCAGAAAAUCAAUACAUCAUAAUCAGGAGCCAUCAAUUAAUAUGGAAUAAAAUAUGCGUUCGGAGCUUACAUCUGACAAAACGAUAAUUAACGAAUGAAAAUGAA